GUGGUGGGAAUCGACGUCUACAGGUCGCUAGACGGCACCGAGUGGCUCGGCUUUGCGGCCUCGCUAGACACGCACUGCACUGAGUAUUACUCUUGGGCGACUGAGCUCAAGCUCGAGGAUGCGCAAUCAUCUGAGCAGGGCGCCACGAGCUUCCGCACAAUCAUCUCCAUGAAGCUCCAGCAG